AUGUCGUCCUUUUCAUCACACAACGACCUCCUCCAAUGCGUGGGUAACAACAAUUUCUUCCACCACUACAAGUCAAAACUAAAUUCUGAAAAUUUAUUCGUCAAUCUACGCAACGCAGCAGCAAGUUGGGGCACAGAAAGCAAACAAUACAAAGAAGUGCACAAAAUGGUCUACGAUCACUUGCGAGAAAUGCAAGCCCAAGGGAAGAAGACGGAUUUGACUGGAGUGAGGCAACAGCAAUUCGAAGAGGCGGAUAGUCUAUCUGCUGCGUUUCAAAAGUUGGACUUGGAGUUGAGGGAGCAGGAGCCUGGCGAUAAGAUGCAAGAGUAG